UAUCUAAUUGAAACGUCAAGUGCAUGAACUUUGUGAAAUGCAAGUUAACGGGCAACCGCAUAUUUUAUGACUCGCGCUUGAUAUUAGAAUAGAAAUGCAUCCUACUGUCCAAUCGAGCGAAAAUCGAUGAAACUGCAGCAUUUUUCAAUGAAUUGUGCAUCGUGUGCGAUUUUUGUAACCGCGAACGGGACCUUAUUUCUUUUUUGCAGGAUCAUCUGGUUCUUCCCGGACCCGUCGCCUGCCCCACGUGCAAGAAGGAUGGCUACCUUGCACGAGAAGACACCCGACUUCGUUCUAGAUGCCAGCGUCAGGUGAAAGUACCGAAAACUAGGUAGACUAAAAAGUGCUCGUUCCCUGUUACAGCAAAGAAGGGGACCUUUCGAGGGAUCUCAUCUGGUCGUGCCAACCGUGUGUCGAUUCGUGCUUCAUGGUUCACCAUCCGAAGAAGAGGUUUGUCAUGGAAGAGCUGCAAGUUUCGUCCAGGACCUUCGUCGACGGGAGCAGUUUCUGCCGAGAGGUAUGUAUGGAUUAUUUAACACGUCGUUCUGUUCUUUUAGGUGGAGAAGGAGUAACCGUUGAGAUCGACGAGAGGAAGUACAACCGUGGGAGACGAAUCGAGGGCCAGUGGAUCUUCGGAGGGUACGAGCGAGGCUCGGGUAACGUUUUCAUCGUUCCAGUGCUGGAUCGAACCACGGAUACCUUGCUUAAGCUUAUACGACCUGUUUUGAGGGAGUGCCCGCCGCCAUUUUCUGAACCCGCCCGAUUCCUGGCUGCCGUCUCUCCUGUUGCCUUUACCCGAGGCCACCGAGGCCGACUCGCCAGACCGUUGCUACCGCCGACAUCGACCAGCCGCGAGAUUUUUCGCUUGAUGGCGCUCGAGUUCGUCCAGCCGUUUCUUGCGCCGUUCCGCCGUUUUCUGCCCCUGCCGUGUUAA